AUGGAAUCAAAAAGAAAGAGAAUGAAAAUAGAGUUGGUACCUAAUGAGGAAAGAGUGCAAAAACUUAUUAAUAAGACGACUUUCAAACACGCGACUUACUACAGAGAAAAUCUUAUCGCUGUUUCACUGGAAAAUAAAAUAAUUAAAUUUGAUAAACCUAUAUAUAUUGGUAAAUAUACUUUAAAAUGCAUGAAUGUACUGAAUUAAUACAAUUAUUUCCUUUAGGAUUUGCAGUAUUGGAAAUUUCAAAAACACUAAUGUAUGAUUAUCAUUAUAACGUUAUGAAAAAACAUUAUAGUGAUAAUAUAUCACUAAUGUAUACUGAUACGGGUAAAUUUAUAAUUUAAAACUACUUCCAUACUAUUUAUUAAUGAAUAUCAUUAUUUCAGAUUCACUGAUAUAUAAAAUUAUGACAGACGAUUUUUAUAAUGAUUUGGAAAAAAAUUCAAAUUUACUCGAGCGGAUGGACACUGCAAACUUACCGCAAGACCAUCCGUGUUACACUGUUGAUAGAAAAAAGAUCCCCGGAUUCUUUUCAGAUGAGACAGACGGACUUAUUAUGACUGAAUUUUGUGCACUGCGUGCCAAAUCGUACGCAUAUAAUAUAUAUGGAGGUAAAAAAGAAAAAAAGAUAAUCAAGGAGAAGGGUAUACGGAGUCAUGUGGUUAAGAACCAUAUGACUCUGGAGGAUCACAAAAAGUGUUUGUUUGGCGAUCUAGAACUAGAGAAGAAAAAAGAGAAUGUUUCUAUACGUUCGUUCAAACACGAUCUUAAGACCGUUAAGACUAUGAAAUUAACAUACAACAGCUUUGACGAUAAAAGGGUAAUAUUAUACGAUAAAAUCCAAACCUUAGCUCACGGACACUAUAGGAUAGAGUGAGUUUUUAAAAAUAAUUUUUUUUUUUAGAUUAAUAUGCUCAUAAUUUUUUUUGAUUUUUGAAGGGAAGAUAAUGAUUGUGACGAUGAUGGUGAAUCUACAGAGGUACUAGCUAGGCUCUUUUACAUAAAUUACACUCCUUACACUCUGAAAAAGCCUUUUCUUCAUCUUCCGUUUGGGUUUCAUCUUUUUUCUAUCAACAGUGUAACAAGGAUGGUCUUGCGGUAA